ACCAUAACACACACACACACACAUCUUUCAGCAAUCAAACUUAUUGUUCAGUUUCUUUCAGAUUCUCAUUCCUACGUCGAUUCUGUUAACUAACACAUAAUAAAUAAACAAAUGGACAGACUUGUAAAGUGUCCAGCGAACUAUGUUCCUCUCACUCCUCUCACAUUCCUCAAGAGAGCUUCCAUGGUGUACUCCAGUCGAACAUCCGUCAUAUACGGCGGAGUUCGCUUCACCUGGCUCCAAACUUACGAGCGGUGCUGCCGGCUCGCGUAUUCGCUUCGAUCACUUAAUGUUGUCAAGAAUGAUGUUGUGUCUGUGUUGGCACCAAACAUUCCAGCGUUGUAUGAGAUGCAUUUCGCAGUGCCUAUGGCCGGAGCGGUGCUUAACGCGAUUAAUACGAGGCUAGAUGCGAAGAACAUCGCUACGAUUCUUCGUCAUUCUGAAGCCAAGGUGUUUUUCAUUGAUUAUCAGUAUGUUCCGGUGGCAUCCGAGGCGUUACGAUUGUUGGUGGACGGUUCAAAAGAUGGGUCGUUAGCGGAGUACGCUAUGCCUUUGGUCAUCGUGAUUGAUGAUGUUGAUACCCCCACCGGGGUACGUCUUGGGAACUUGGAGUACGAGCAACUCGUACUCCAUGGUAACCCGCAGUACCCCGGUGAGGAGCUGGAAGAUGAGUGGGACGCGAUUGCGUUGAAUUACACCUCUGGGACCACAUCGGCUCCCAAGGGUGUUGUUUAUAGUCAUCGUGGUGCGUUUCUGAGCACCAUGAGCUUGAUUCAAGGGUGGGAAAUGGGGACCGAGGCGGUGUAUUUGUGGUCGUUGCCGAUGUUCCAUUGCAACGGGUGGACGUUCACCUGGGGUGUUGCGGCACGAGGUGGCACCAACGUGUGUAUCCGCAACACCACGGCUAAAGAGAUGUAUAAGAGCAUCUCUCAACAUAAGGUGACGCACAUGUGUUGCGCCCCUAUCGUGUUUAACAUCAUAUUAGAAGCCAAACCACAUGAGCAGUGUGAAAUAACCAAUAAAGUUAACAUACUCACAGGUGGAGCGCCUCCACCUGCGGCCCUCCUGGAAAAGAUGGAGGGCCUUGGAUUCCACAUAAUGCAUGCCUAUGGCCUCACAGAAGCCACGGGACCCGCACUUGUGUGCGAGUGGCAAACCAAAUGGAAUCAACUCUCUAAAGAUAACCAGGCGAGACUGAAAGCUCGCCAAGGUGUGGGUAUACUCACGCUCGCUGAUGUAGAUGUCAAGAACAAGAAAACAAUGGAAAGUGUCCCGCACGACGGGACAACGAUGGGGGAGAUCGUGCUUCGAGGAAGUAGCAUCAUGAAAGGGUACUUAAAAGACGAGAAGGAGACCGCAAAGGCCUUCCAUAAAGGUUGGUUCUUUACAGGUGAUGUCGGGGUCAUCCAUCCAGACGGGUACCUCGAGAUCAGAGACAGAUCUAAAGACGUAAUCAUCUCUGGUGGCGAAAACAUUAGUAGCGUGGAGCUAGAGUCCAUUUUGUUCAAACACCCGAACAUACUCGAAGCAGCAGUGGUGGCAAUGCCUCACCCACGAUGGGGUGAAACUCCUUGCGCUUUCGUCGUCUUGAAAAACGCAAGAACUACAACCGAAAGUGAGAUCUUGACGUACUGCCGGCAAAAGAUGUCGAAAUUUAUGGUACCAAAGAAGGUAGAGUUUGUGACUGAGCUACCCAAAAAUGGAACAAAUAAAGUCCUGAAAGCUGAACUCAGGGAGAUAGCAAAAACCCUUAAAAUCUCUGAAAACACACCCACAAACAACAAGAGAUCUGAACCUCGGUACCAACAAGAUGAACUGUAUGAUCAAGACAAAAUCCUUGCAAUGUCCCGACUUUGAAUUAAUUAUUUUCAUGUAACUUGUAAGACAAGAUAAUCGAGUGUUUUUAUAUGUAUUGAUAACAAUUUUUAAUACAGAUGGUUUUUAUGGCUUGUAAAUCGUAAGGUUUUUGUGUGUUUGACUACAUAGAAAUUAGUCUAAAUAAUUAAACAA